ACAGUAAACAGAAGUUUCCGUUUAACAUGGCCGACGCCGCUGUUGACGCUCAAUCCGAUUGUGCGUAGGAAAAAACACCGAGCCGAAAUUCUCCACGAAAAGCCUGCAUGCUUGAUUCCGACUCGAACUUGGCUAGAUUUGGACAAAAGUGACCCGAAGGAGUGAUAGGCACAGCGACCGGUUUCGUUAGGCAUCAUGUCCACCACAGUCGUCACGACUCCCAAACCUAGAGGGCGACCUCCGAAGCCAAAAGCAUGCUGCACAUGGUGCGGCGAAAACAAACAGCCGCUUCUCUACGUUUUUCCAACACCGAAUGGAAAAAAGGAGUUUUGCGCUGAGACAUGUUUGGCCGAGUUCAGGAAGGCCAUGGCCAAAGGAACUUGCCUGCAAUGCAAGGAGGUGAUUCGAGGCACCCCAGUCAAAUGGGAGGUUGCAGACCAGACGGCCAAGCUUUUCUGCAACGACGCCUGCCUCAACAAGUACAGAAAGAUAGAGCUGAAGAAAAACGGCGAAUCCACACCCACAACUGCAGGGAGGAAGCCCGGCCUGUCGGGAGUUUCAAACAUAAUGCCCAACGAGUACGGGAAUUUUGACUGGGUUUCCUACUUGGCCGAGACCAACAGCAAGGCUGCUCCAGCUCGAUGCUUCAGGCAAUGGCCUGACCCACCAGCAAAUGAGUUCAAACUCGGCAUGAAGUUGGAAGCCAAAGACCCGAGGAACUUGGAUUCGACUUGCAUAGCAACGGUGGUGGGAACUUUGGGUCCCAGACUUCGUUUGCGGCUGGACGGCUCUGACAACAAGAACGAUUUCUGGAGGCUAGUCGACUCGAACGAGAUUUUCCCGGCUGGACACUGCAAAGCCCACGGAGGGAUUUUGCAGCCGCCUCUGGGCUUCAGAAUGAAUGUUUCCUCCUGGCCCACCUUUCAACAGAAAAUCCUGGCCGGGGCUGUGCAGGCUCCGAAGGAUGUUUUCAAAAAGCACCCUCCGAGGCCAACAUCGAACAACUUCGAGGUUGGGAUGAAACUGGAGGCGGUCGACAAGAAAAACCCACUCCUGAUUUGCGUGGCCACGGUUGGGGAAGUGAAAGGGGACAUGAUCCACAUCACAUUUGAUGGUUGGCGCGGCGCUUUCGACUACUGGUGUCGGUACGACUCUACCGACAUAUUUCCUGUAGGUUGGUGCCAGAAAAGUGGCCACCCUCUCCAACCUCCCGGAAACAAAGGUCUGUACCAAGCUGUUUCCGGCUCUAGUCGUGUCAAGUCCAAGGCAAACACUCCAGCCGCGGCGACUCCUGUUGCCGCAGCAGAAGUUGCCUCUCCUCCUGCACCUGCUAAGCAAACAAACUCCCUGCCAUCACCUGCGACAGAGAAUGCAUUGAAAAAAGAGGAGACAAAGCAGGAACCCAAAUCUCCUCUGAACAACAACAUCACAGUCACAGAACCAGACACGUCUGGCAAUCCUUCCUCCCCAGAAUCAGAAAACAGCCUCAACGGAAACAUCAAUUCGGUGACUGUGUUGGUUAGCAAUUUGUGCAAAUGUGGGCCAUUCUUGGAUCCCAAAAAGAUUGCCAAGUUUCCGUCUACCUUUGGCCCGGGAAACAUAAAUCGUGUUCUGGAAAAGAGCAUCCAAGCUUUGGUCGAUGCGGCCAUUGACCCGAGGCAGGUUUACGGCUUGGUGAGACAGGGAGUGGGAAAAGUUUACAUCAGAAUAGCCUCGGACCAGAAGACGAGUGUUCGGCUGCCUGUGGUUGAAACGGCCGAGGCCUUUUGGAAUUUUGUUGAAGUGUUCUUGGAGGACUUGCGAUGUUGUGAAAACCUUUUCUCCAGGAGAGCCGCUCGGCCAGACUUCAUCUGCUCCAAGUGCACCCAAGAAAAGACUGCACCAGCUGCGAAUAAGAAACAAGUUGCCCAAGGCAACAGCAGCACCAAACCAGCCCCCAACAAGAGGCGUUGGCCUUCCUCGGAGGCGCCGCCUCCGUCCAAGACUCCACCAAGCCCUGCCCAGCAGGUCCCCACGUCACCAAGUGAUUUCCAGCCCUCUCCUAGCAAGCAGUCACGGAAGAGUGUGCCGACUGAACUGGAAGCAGCGACUUCUACCACCCCCUUGGACGGACCUCCGAAACUUCCCACUGAAGUGAUCGAGUGGACUAUUGAGGACGUCAUCAAUCACAUCUCGUAUACGGACCCAUUGCUUGGGUCGCACUCUGAUAUUUUCAGAAAACAUGAAAUUGAUGGCAAAGCCCUGUUGCUGUUGAAUUCCGACAUGAUGAUGAAGUACAUGGGACUGAAACUGGGACCAGCCCUGAAGAUCAGCAACAUCAUCACCAAGAUCAAAGGCAGGAAGCACUUUGUCUCUUGAUUGGCUGAGCGGCCGGGCUCAGUCAAGAGGAAAAGAAGUUUGUGAGGAUAUUAGCAUGCAAACCCGAUUCCUUUGUGUGUAGUACCUUGCAGUGCCGAAAACUGCAUUUUUGAUAAAUGUAUCCUACUUUUCGAGUCAAAUUUGUUUUGCAUCUGUUUAUGUAAAUUUGAUGUUUCCGUAAAUCUUUACCAGUUGAACUAUAAUUUGCUCCGCUUUCAUCACAUCACAGUUGAGAUUUUUCUGUGGUCCUUUCGGAUUUUCCUUGUGAUAUGAGCCGCUGAAAAUUUGUUCCGUUUUGAUCUCCUCCGCCUUUAGUUUCUCAUAUCAAAACUUUCCAAAUCGAUCACAUCAUAAAUGGAACACAAAUCGGAUGAGAAUGAACUUGAAAUAUUUGUCUCAGCAUUGGGGUUUUUGCGCCUGGAAUGCUUAAUUUGUAAUCAGGAAGAUAUUUUUGUACAAGAAAAUAACGAGAAGUGCGUUGCACAAUUUUAAUGCGUUUUGCUGCCCAAAGGUGAUGCAAUUGUUAGCGAGCAGGUAAUAUAAGACUUAGAUUGUAUAUUUGUGAUAAUAAAAGCAAGGUUUCGCCGUUUAAAACUCAAGAGAAGAAGAAUACAAAAUAAUGAAAGCAGUUGCUCACGAUUUGCGCAAUAGCAAUCCUUCAAAGCUUUGCAUCAUCCUUUGAGUGGUCUUCUAUAAUUAUGUGGAGUAAAAAAUGUACUGGAGAAAAUGUUGAAGAUUUGUUGAUGCGUAAAAUAUGAAAUAUUUUAUCUCUGAACCAUUAUUGCAGACACUUAUGAGAUAUAUUGGAAAUAAAAAGCAGCUAAGUGCUUGA